AUGGACCGCGUGCCGUUCAUGAUAGCUGUUGUGCUGACUGUCCUGCAGUUCAUCCCCGCCGUCUCCACUGAAGAUGAAUUUGAGUACAAAGUUCUGCCUCCUGUGUACAACAUAGGCGAACCCCCCGCCACUCCUGUCUUCUACCCACCCCCUGCACCCCUUAGCCCCUCCCCUUCUCCAGAACCCACCCAGCCCACACCGCAGCCUCCCCCCACACCAAAACCCACACCACAACCUUCCCCUACAACAGAGCCCACACUGGUUACGGUCAAAGCCUCCCCCACAUCUGAACCCACACUGCCACCAACCAAACCCCCAGCUACCCCCCACCCACCCAAGACUCGCCGCCGAAAGCCCCACACUACGCCCCCGCCCACCCUCCCCCCAGCGCCGCCCAAGCCUCAGCACCCCGCCCGCGUCCCCGUCCGCAAGCACAAACCAACGAGAAAGUCGGUGGUCUACAAGCCAGUGAAUAAUGAGCGAGUGCCUGUAGUGGUGUCGCGGGCUCAGGCGCAGAUGUUCGAGAGUGCCAUUAUGUAUAAUCGGCCCCCAAACCGACCUGAUGCGACGGGAAAAGCCACCGGCACCACUAUCGGCAGGAGUCAAUUAAGGAGCUUUCGAAAUGUCCCCGCAGGUGUUUGGGUUCGUUCUGCACGUAAACAAUUAGAGGCCCACGUGACCGGAGACUCUCAUCAAUGA